AAAAAAAAAAAAAAAAAAAAUCAAGGCAGAGGAGCAGAAAGCAGAAGCACUUCCGAAGUGUGUCUAUCGCAGCCACGAGAGCAGAAAUCGUCAAAAAGACGGAGCUGUCAACGAAGCGAUUCCUCCACAUGUGGACAUCUCCAUCCCAGUUGAGGAUAGGACGGGCACCUAGAAAAAAGAACAGUCCAUAGAAAAGGAAGAUCAAUGAAAAAAUCAGCAAUGGCAGAUAAAAGAUUCGUUCCAGCGAACAAGCGGAAACUGUCUUUUUUAAGUUUUGGGCAGAGAAUAGCGGCCGAUGGACAUGGAACGAAAACGGUACAAGAGCUGGACGAGGAGAUGGAGAAGGUGUUUGCUAUGGAUGCCGGAGAAAAGUUCAACGUAGCUGCAUUCGGUUCUCCCUCGGAAUCAAUAGGCUCUGAUCGUGAUCGCGAUCGAGGGCCUGCUGUUUCGCGUUAUGGCGAUCGUGGCCUCGACCAACAUCGAAAGAAAAGCUACCCGCACCCGCACAUGCCAUUGAAGAGUCUCCACUCGAGAUCUAUGCGACGUCAUUUAUCACCCGAAGGUUCUGUAGUAGCCGAAAAUAUUUUGGAAGAAGAAACGCCUGCGGAAGGUUUGAAUAAUAAUAGCAAUGGAGAACCAGAGACGGCCUUGGAGCACGUUGACUCCAUCGAUAGUACCAACUCUCCCCUGGAAGACAAGGAGGACAAGGAGAGUUCUGAAGAUGGCAAGGUGUCAAAGCACCAUCGAAGGCAGAGAAAAUACAGUCGAGUAAUAAGGAAGGUCGUUGAUUUAAAGGAUGCAGAAGAAGUUGUGGAGGCAUUGGAGGACAUUGCCGAGAACGUGGGCAGCAGCGAGAGCGAGGCUCCACUGUCGGAGCGAGCGGCCUCGGGUUACAGCGAGAGCCCGUCCUGCGGCAGUCCCAGGGUGCAGUUCGAGAAAAUCCACGAGGAGGAGUUGGGCGAGCACGACGUGAUGGAGGGCAACGAAGGAGCUGCCGGCGACGACGACAAGAAGGGACGAAGACACCACAAUCACAAGCGACAUCAUCACCAUCACCACCAUCACCACAAAUCGCGCAAGUACUCGCUGCAAGAGGACCCGCAAUGGCGAAAACGCUCCGGAGCCGGGCUGCCGGGCGAGUUCAGCGGGUCCGCGGUGGCGAGGCGCGUCAGCGUCCAGCCCGAGGAGGCCAAGACGCUGCAGGAACUCGACAUCGACGACCUCGAGUCGCAUCGAAGCGACGAUCCCCGCGGCAUGAGACGCCACAAAGCCGCCCAUCCGACCGUGCAGAUCGGCCGGCGCAAGGAGGGCGGCAUACCCCACGAGACCUUCAAAAAGAUGUACGACCAUUCGCCGCACGAGGUCUUCGUGCAGCUGGACGAGCUUCACGGCUUCGGCGAGGAGAGGGAGUGGAGAGAGACCGCCAGGUGGAUCAAGUACGAGGAGGACGUCGAGGAGGGCGCCGACAGAUGGGGUCAACCUCACGUGGCCUCGCUGAGCUUUCACUCGCUACUGAAUCUUCGCCGCUGCCUCGAGACCGGCGUCGUGCUGCUCGACCUCGAGGAGAAGGACCUGCCGGGACUGGCUUAUCGAGUCGUCGAGCAAAUGGUCAUCGAGGAGCUGAUAUUGCCCGAGGACCGGCCCGUCGUGAUGCGAGCUCUACUGCUCCGCCACAGGCACGUACACGAGCACGAACGAGGCUUCAGGUUCGGCGCCAAACGAAAUUACUCCAGCUACACGAGCCUCCAGUCUAUCUGGUUUGACGAGGACGACUCUCCGCGGGAAGGAGCCGAGAACAAUAACUUGCAAGAAACGAAAUCGAAAGUGCUUUCGUCGAACCAAGCCCUAGACAACAAUCACACGGUCAUCGACAUGAAGGAGGAGUUGACGUUCACUAGCAGCGUCGAAGACAUAAAAAAAGGUCAAAACGAGCAUAUUUUAAAGAGGAUACCGAGCGGCGCCGAGGCCACGGUUGUCCUCGUCGGAGCAGUCGACUUUCUCGAUCAACCAACGAUUGCUUUUGUCAGGCUGGCCGAAGGUAUUCUGAUGCCGGCCAUCACGGAGGUGACGAUUCCGGUGCGCUUCAUGUUCACGUUGCUGGGGCCGCGCAAUUCCGACCUGGACUAUCACGAGAUCGGUCGCUCUAUCUCCACCCUCAUGUCGAACACGUCGUUCCACAAGGUCGCCUACAAGGCGAACGAGCGUCGGGAGUUGCUCUCGGCCAUCAACGAGUUCCUCGACGACUCGAUCGUCCUGCCGCCCGGCGACUGGGAGCGCCAGGCCCUGCUGCCCUUCGACGAGCUCAAGGCCAAGAGCGAAGCCAUACGCAAGCGCAAAGCCAAAGCCCUGGAGGACAAGCGCAAGAAGCAGACCCAGAGCGACGCCGCCGUUAAAAAAGCUAUAAUGGCGGGCGAGGAGGAGAAGAAGCCACCGGACGACUUGGACCCGCUGCGACGCACGCGGCGUCCGUUCGGCUGCCUGAUCAACGACAUCAAGCGGCGCUACCCGUUCUACGUGUCGGACUUCACCGACGGCCUGAGCUCGUCGUGCCUGGCCGCGGCGAUAUUCAUGUACUUCGCGGCCCUCUGCACGGCCAUCACGUUCGGCGGCCUGAUGAGCGAUAAGACCCACAACGUCAUCGGCAUCAGCGAGACUCUGGUCUCGUGCUCGAUGACCGGCGUCAUCAUGGCCCUGUUCGCCACGCAGCCCCUCGUCAUAAUCGGCACGACGGGGCCCCUCCUGCUCUUCGACGAGAGUCUCUACAACUUUUGCGAGGCCAACAAUCUCGACUUUCUCACCAUGAGGGUCUACGUGGGCGCUUGGAUGGCCAUAAUCGCCCUGAGCAUCGCCUGCGUCGAGGGCUCCGUUCUGGUACGGCUCUUUACUCGCUUCACCGAGGAAAUUUUCACGGGGCUCAUAUCCAUCUUGUACAUCGUGGAGACGUUCAUCAAGCUGGUGAACUACUUCAAGCGCAAUCCCCUCUGGCCGGAGUACUGCUUCGAGCAGGGAAACUCGAGCAUCUCGACGAACGGCAACGACGCAGCCAUGUCAUCGAGCAGCGUCAUGAGCGAGUACGCGGAGUUGAUGAGGCGGCCGGCCGUCAACGUCAGCGAAGCGAACGCCCGGCACAGCGAGCUGGCUCUGGCCGGCCUCAACCAGAGCAGCGCCUUGAGCGAGCUCGAUCAGGCGCUGAGCUCGUCGCUGCUGUCCGGCCACGACGCUCAGGGCCUCGAGAUCAAUCAGCCCAACACGGCCCUCAUGUGCACGAUCCUGUGCCUGGGCACCUUCCUCGGCGCCUACUAUCUGCGCAUCUUCCGCAACAGCCACUACCUGGGCAGGAGCGCGAGACGAGCCUUCGGCGACUUUGGCGUGCCCAUCAGCAUCGUGACCUUCGUGCUGAUCGAUUAUCUGGCGGGCGUCAAGACGGAGAAGCUCCUCGUGCCGGAGGGCCUCACGCCGACCGUGCCCAACCGAAGUUGGCUCGUCUCGCCGGUCCAGGGCGACGUGCCCGUCUGGAUGGCCCUCGCUUGCUCCGUGCCCGCUCUCCUCGUCUACAUUCUCGUCUUCAUGGAGACCCAGAUAUCCGAACUGAUAAUCGACAAAAAGGAGCGCAAGCUGCGCAAGGGAAACGGCUACCACAUGGACAUCGUGGUGGUGUGCCUGCUGAACUUUGGCUGCGGCCUGAUCGGGGCGCCCUGGUGCUGCGCCGCCUCGGUGCGCUCCCUGACCCACGUGAACGCGGUCACGGUGAUGUCGCGCACCCACGCGCCCGGCGACAAGCCCCACAUCGUCGAGGUGAAGGAGCAGCGCGUCUCCUCGCUCCUCGUCGCCAUCCUCGUGGGCGUGAGCGUGCUGAUGGCGCCGCUGCUGCGACGCGUGCCCAUGGCCGUGCUCCUCGGCGUCUUCCUCUACAUGGGCAUCUCGUCGACCAACGGCGUGCAGCUCUUCGACCGGGUCAAGCUCUUCUUCAUGCCGGUCAAGCACCACGGCACGGCCAACUACGUGCGCCGCGUGCAGACCUGCAAGAUGCACAUGUUCACCCUCGUGCAGAUCACCUGCCUGGCCGUGCUCUGGAUCGUCAAGAGCACCAAGGCCGCCCUGGCCCUGCCCUUCUUCCUCAUUCUCAUGAUACCGCUGAGGGCGCAGAUGCGCCACUUCUUCAGUCCGGCCGAGCUAAGGGCGCUCGACAGCAAGAAUCCCGACAACGACGAGGAGGAGCCCGAUUUCUACGAGGAGGCGCCUCUGCCUGGUUAAACUGGUCUACUCUGCGUUGACGCCUUAACUCUGCGGCACUCUAUACGCUCUAAACUCCUUCUCAGCUGCCUGCGCUACAUCAGAACGUCGAAUUAUGAUAAAGCUCCUUCGAAUGCUCGUUCGGAAGCUCUUCGUGCGAUCUUCGCGCGUCAAGACGUAAUUCUACUACGUCCAUGUGGCGAGUUAUUCGCUCGUCGACACGCGUUUGUGUGUGCCUUACAUAUGGAUUCCUAUGUGAAUGUAGGGAUUGUGCCCGUAUAGCCGAUUUGCGCAGGUUUACGCGUUUGCGCGCGUGCGACCGCUCCGUUAUUAUAUUAUUACUUUUUUCCAUCUCUCGCGUACCAUCGCCAGCUUUGCAUGUAACAAUGUACAUCGAUGCUGGGAUUCCUUAAAGCGAAAUCUUUACAGGCCCCUUUUACUAUCCGACUCCGAAACUAUUUUUGACGUUUGAUCGAUCGCGAUAUUAUCGGGCCCGCUGAUUUUUCCUCGCGAUGGACUUUGUCGUUUGUUCCAAAAUGAUUUCAGAAAAAUUUUAAGAGUUUUCGUACCAUACAAAAUCAGUAUUGCUAUCUUAUGACCCCCCAACGGAUCUAUGAUCUAUGAACGGAUUAUUUGUAUAUGAAUGAAAAUUAAAGAGCGCUAUGAUGUAGCUAUCUUUUGUACUUACUUGGAAGAGUAUUUAACAUUUACUUUGAAUAUUUUAGUUUUUAACACUCGAUCACACAAUGCGAGACGCGAUCGAUGAAUCAUAUUUCUGUGUUUUUUUUUUUUUUUUUCAUUCUUACGCCUACGCAUAGUAAAUUUAUUAAAACUAUUACGGCGUUAAAAGCGGCACCUCGUCAUCAAAAACCAUAAAUUCCAAAUGAAUAAAAAAAAUUUACCAUUGUUCGUUGAUAAUUAUAAUAUGGACGCCCAGCACAAAAUCCACACUAAUAAAUUCGAGUAGCAAAAAUUUGGCUUUACGAAUCCUAAAGGAUACGGCUAAGGACCAUUUUUGCCGUUUGAAUUUAUUUUCGACGUUUUUACGACCGCAUAUAAUAUUAUUUAACGUGCCUUGAACAUUACAAUUAAUUGUACACAUUACGAUGGCCAUCACGUGCACCUAUAAUAAAUAAAAUGUCCUCAACUCUUCUUUACAAUUCAGGGUUUUAUUAUGAUUAUUGGGCAUUAUGUCAAUAUGAACUUUUCAAAUUUUGUAUAUUUUGACUUUGUAUUUCCCUUUUUGAACUCUUCAGACUGAAGUUUCGCUUUGGAACUUUUGGUUUAGACCUUUUGUACCCCAAUCUCAAUUGAUUGGGGUAUUAUAUUCAAUGGUCACCUUUUUUCGAUUAUAACGAGGUACUACUGCCUUUAACGUCAUAAUAAUUUAAAUAUAUUAACAUGAUAAUUAUGCAAACAAACUUUUAGCUGAAAUUUUCCUAAUCUCAAUGAUUUUACUAGAGCUAUAGACUGGGUACUGAAAAAUCUGUUUUUAUCGUCUUCAUUUGAAAACUGCAGUCGAGUUUAAUUUUUAUCAAUCUUUGCUCUUACAGUUUAUUCAAAAUAAAAAUAUUUAUCUUCUUUUGACGUUGAUGAGCACGGUGUAAAAAAUGUAUUUUCAUUCGGGUACCCCUAAGUUGAUAAAGAUUGAAAAGAAAUGUCCUUUCUUCGUACUCAUCAACAUCAAAGAUAGAUAAAUAUUUAUUUCAUGUAAAACUGCAGAUUAAUUAUUCAUUGCAUACAGUUGUUGCAAUCCUAAACGUUUCAGCUAGCUCGCUGCUUCACAUAUUGAAUCAUUGAAUUUCAAUAUCUUUGAUAGAUACGAAAAAUCUCACAGGUAAAUUCUUUCAAUAGACAUACUUGUGAAUAUAUUUUUUUAUUAAUAUUAAUCAGAAGAUGACUCAAUAUUUUCAGAAUGCCUUAUUGUAAACGUGUAUAACUUGAAAAACUUUGUUAUCAAUUCUUUUUAGAGCAUUCAAAGAAGGUUACGACUCAAAAUUUAUUUAAACAUAUCAAAGAUAUUUAUAUAAAAAUUACUUGUAUACAAAUAAUGUAUCUCAGAUACUACAUAGUGAUAUACUUGUAUUGAAUAUUUAAAAAAAAGAGGAUAUUAAGUAAAAAUAUUAGUUUUUGUUGUAUGGAUAUCACUAAAAUGGAAUAAUUUUUUUAAAAUGCACAAAUUAACUCAUUUGCUGUAAUUGAUCAAAAAUCAAUAAAUGAAUAAGCACAUAACUUGACUCUGAACAGUUAUAAGCUUUACUUGCAUGGCACAUAAAUUAAAUAGGAGUAUGAGUCAUAUUAACUUUUAAUUACCAAUCAUAAAAAAUUGUUACGAGUGAAGUAUAUUUUUUGAUGUUUCAAAGUCCAUUCAUUUUUUAUUAUCUAUAUAAAUAAAUAUCUAAAUAAAAGAACAUCGAUAUCAGAGCUAAUAAAUUGUUAAUGUAGUUAAAAUGUAAAAAUGCAAAUUAUUUUUCUACGAUGUAAAACCAUGCUAUUUAUUUAUUGCUGCGAGCACAUCAAACGAUUAUUUUACAGUAUAAAUCUCAUUAGAAUUUAUAAAAUUAGUUUAUAUGAUCACAUUUGAUAAAAAGAGAAAAAUGUAUUUAAUUUGAUCCUUUUAUCGAAACUUCAAUGAUUAAUUAUCAAAUAAUUUAUCUUCCAAGUUUCGAAAUUAAUGAAUAGAUAUUAAAAAUUAAUUUAGAAUAUUUUUGUAAAUAUGUAUAUCUGUAUAGAAAUUGUCUUCAUUGAUAAUUUUU